UUCUACAACAGUUACAUAACAUCAGUUUAUGUGACAAAUCUUGGAUUGUGAAAUCAUUUCCGCAAAUAAACAUAAGCACAGGCUUCAUGUUUGCACUGGUGUAGGCAAACACAGCGUAGAUAUUACUUCAGUAAAUGUCCCGGCUAGAGAUCAAACGCUAAACACUGCAAAAAUUUCUAAUUUCGGUUUGUCAGAAUUAUUACCGGGUCUAGCCUGAGUUAGGGACGCCAACGAAUUACCAUGGCUUGUCAAAUUUUUCACAUCUGAUACUGAAAAACGAGAAACAAGAAUCUGCUUGUUGCUGAAUAUGAAAACAUCUAGAUGACAAUUCAUCAACUGUUGUUGGAGUGAAAAUUGGUCCAACUGCAAAAAGGAAGUCCGCCUUCUCUCUCUCUCUCUCUCUCUCUCUCGCGAACGGACCCAGAUUCUCCCAAAGACCGCCUGAUUAAAGUCUGGGAAAUUUCUCUGCAUCAAAAAUGUCUGUGCUGGACCCAACCACCUUCCAAACCAUAGUCCCUUCUCGAUACAUCACCUUCACUUUUCCCAACCCACUCUUCCUUCCCGCUCUUCCCCAUUGCAGCCAUCUUCUCCACACCUCUCUCCUCCGCAUCGCCGUCCUCGACUCCCCCUCCCCCAUAAGCACUACCCCUCGAGUUGCGGCCAUGUUAGUCCCACCCAGACGCGAACAAGACUGGACGUUCUCUACCGAAACCGGCCACCUCCAGCUCCUCCUCUCCUUUCCCUAUCUUUCCCGCCUCAUUUUAAUCUCCAACAAUGAUAUUAAUAAUCCCUCCCACCCCACCUCCUAUAAAGCUCCACCCUUGUCCACAACCACCGAAAACCCAUCAACAACAACAACAAUUGAAGAAAAUCUAUUGCCACUGCUACUGGCUUUGACACCCAAAUCGGCCUUUGACCGGAGCAAUGGCUUUCCAGAAAUACCCUUCUUGAGUUACGAAGAUGAGGUGAUAAGUAGUCUAGUGUUAGAAAUUUGUGUUGGGCCUUGUGUAGGUGAAAUGCUAAUAGAAAAUGUUGUGCUGGACUCGGAAAGUAACAAAAAUAACAAGGGUAGGGAGUUUAGAAGAAGGUUGAGGUUUAAGAGGAUGCCGAAUUUAAUUCAAAGCCAGGUCAGGAUUCAUCCGAUCAGUGAAUUGGGUGUCGUGGGUGAUGAAUUGGAGGGGGUAGAGUUUACGGUGGAUAAUGGAGUAUUGGUCCAACCUUAUCUGAAUCCAAUGGUGGCAGGUCUGGUGGUGAUUAGUUCGUAUUUGGAUGAGCAAAUCCGAUGCGGGAUUAGGCCUAGAGCUCUGUGUUUGGGGGUUGGAGGAGGGGCCUUGCUCAGAUUUUUGAGUGAUCAAUUAGGUUUUGACGUUGUGGGUGUGGAGGAAGAUGAGGUUGUCUUAAGCGUCGCGAAGAAGUAUUUUGGGUUGAGACACAGUGAAUCGGUUCAUUUAUGCGUUGGUGAUGGAAUGGAAUUGAUGCAGAGGCUUGCAUUGAAAGGACAAGGUGAUGUUGAUAGUAAGUUUGAUGUGGCUAUGGUUGAUUUGGAUUCAAGUGAUGCUAGAAUGGGCACUAGCGCACCGCCUUUGGAUUUUGUCAGAAAGUCUGUUCUUUUGGUGGCUAAAGAAAUUAUCUGUCAGCGUGGUGUUCUCAUUAUUAAUGUGAUUCCUGCCAGCAAGUCAUUCUAUGCGAGGGUGGUUACUGAGUUUCAUGAGGUUUUUGAGGAGUUAUAUGAAAUUGACGUUGGAAAUGGGGAGAAUAUGGUUCUUGCUGCCUCGCGGUUGUCGAAAAUGAGGACAGCUCCUAGUGAUUUUGAGAACUCUUUCCACCAGAAGCUAGAAGCGAGUAUCCACGGAUCUUAUAUGAAUUCUGUCAGGAAAAUCUAAAAGGUUUGGGUAGCUAUAUGAUUAAGAUAUAUCGACACUUUGUAUUUAGUCAUUGAGGACAGCAAGGUUCAAGAAUCAAUGGUGAUUCUCAAGGAAAUUACAAAAGGUUGCUGCUAAUUUGUAGUUAAGAUAGCACUUUGAAGCUUCUAUCUAACUAGUCCUUCAAGAUAAACCAGAUUCAAGAACUGACUUGGGAUUCCUCAUUUUCUUUACAAUUGUGGAAGUGACGAAAGCUUCAUGAUUAUUUCCUGCCUUGGUCGUUGUAAGUGUGGACAGGAGGUGUUUCGGUGCAUUUUAAUAGGUGCAGAAAUGCCAAAGGAGACCGACUUCAAGGCACAGAAUGUAUCAAUUGAAUUCCAUAUUUGAUGAUAAUACAACUGAUUCUUUUCAGAGUGCAGUGAAGGCACUUUCAGCUUCCAAAACUUUGCUUUAUGGUAAUAGAAUGUUCUCCUUGGGUUUUAUAUUUUUCUUAAAGGGUGCAUUAUCUGGCAUUUCAAGAGCAAACUGCUAUGGUACUUUCGGAAGGAGAGGGCAUGGGGAAGAUAAUGCAUCACUGACCUUUAGAGAAUGAACUUCAUAUAGAGAUAUCCCUUUUGAUGUGAAAUAAGUUGCAUACUGGCUUUUUGGUAUGUAACUUGGAGUAGCAUGACCCUGUAUAGGACCAGUGUUAUAGUUUGAGUUCUCCUGUUAUGCAAAUGCAAAAUCUCUUUUUGCAUCUGCAGUAUUUUUCUGUUUGCCUCGGUGGUUUCAUAUUCAUGUCUUUUCUGAUACAUUAUCAAUAGUUCUAUUCUAC